AAUAUUUUUCAAGAUGUUGCAUAUCUGCUAACCCACAAUGUCAGCCCGAUACAUGAGACUGCCCACAUCAGACCAGGUGGAUGAUGUCCGACUAGAUUUCUCUUCCACCUUUAACUACUCCAGCGCGGAAAACCAGUUUGCUCCAAUCAACCCUAACAAAUACAGAUCAGCAUUCAGCUUUUCAGAAUCCCGCUAUGUGGAUGAUGUUCAGUUUACAAGAGUGAAGCAGCCUUUGAUUGGUCGAGUGUGUCACUUGUUUCUGACUGCCUGUUGUAUCCUACUCCUGAUCCUAACCUUUCCUGUCAGUGGCUGGUUCUGUUUUAGGAAACUUGGACAAUAUGAGAGGAUUGCCAUAUUCCGUCUAGGACGACUUGUGGAGAUUAAAGGUCCUGGGAUAGUUUUCAUUUUACCAUGUGUGGAUAACUGCAGAAAAGUGGACAUGAAGAUUAAGGCGUUUAAUGUUCCCCCACAACAG